GUUUCUGGGUUCGUUGGAAUUUUUGAAUUCAGAAUUUUUUCUUUUCACCUAGGAAUUUUUUGAAUACUUUUGAUAAAUCGAUCGCACUUUCCGCUAGCUCUCUGUUCCCCUUCUUCUUUUUUUUCCCCCUCGAGCAGGGGAAGGGGCUUAAGAGAGAGAGGCUCCCGCUGGAUAAAGUUUUCCAAAGUUUUCCGAGUGUGAUGGUUGCGGAGAGAUCAAAUCCACCAGCUUGACUCACGGCUUCAUCUCACCACCCCUUGAGCAGCCCCUAAGCCCGCUGUAAAGGAACAAACAAACAAACAAACAAACAAAGUUACACCCCGAGUCGCCUCGUGUCUCCUCUCUUCUUUUAGGCAAUCUUUCCCCCCCCACCUCUCUCCGCUCCCCUCGCAGCCUCCACUCCCCUUCCCUCUGUCUCUGUUUCGGCUGGAGGUGCCAGGACCCCCGGCCGCAGCCUCCCCUCCCCCGCCGCUCCGGUCAGGCCCUCCCCUCCCCCGUCGCGGCCGGCACAGCCAAUCCCCCGAGCGGCCGCCAACAUGCUCUUUGAGGGCUUGGAGCUGGUGUCGGCGCUGGCCACCCUCGCCGCGUGCCUGGUGUCCGUGACGCUGCURCUGGCCGUGUCGCAGCAGCUGUGGCAGCUGCGCUGGGCUGCUACCCGCGACAAGAGCUGCAAGCUGCCCAUCCCCAAAGGCUCCAUGGGCUUCCCGCUCAUCGGAGAGACCGGCCACUGGCUAUUACAGGGUUCGGGCUUCCAGUCGUCCCGAAGGGAGAAGUAUGGAAACGUGUUCAAGACACACUUGCUGGGGCGCCCGCUGAUCCGGGUGACCGGUGCAGAGAACGUACGCAAGAUCCUCAUGGGAGAGCACCACCUCGUGAGCACCGAGUGGCCACGCAGCACGCGUAUGCUGCUGGGCCCUAACACGGUGGCCAACUCCAUUGGCGACAUUCACCGCAACAAGCGCAAGAUCUUCUCCAAGAUCUUCAGCCAUGAGGCCCUGGAGAGCUACCUGCCCAAGAUCCAGCUGGUGAUUCAGGACACGCUGCGUGCCUGGAGCAGCCAGCCUGAGGCCAUCAACGUGUACCAGGAGGCGCAGAAGCUCACCUUCCGCAUGGCCAUCCGGGUGCUACUGGGCUUCAGCAUCCCUGAGGAGGACCUUGGGCACCUCUUUGAGGUCUACCAGCAAUUUGUAGAGAAUGUCUUCUCCCUGCCUGUUGACUUGCCCUUCAGUGGCUACCGGCGGGGCAUUCAGGCUCGGCAGAUCCUACAGAAGGGGCUGGAAAAGGCCAUCAGGGAGAAGCUUCAGUGCACCCAGGGCAAGGACUACUCGGAUGCCCUGGACAUCCUCAUCGAGAGCAGCAAGGAGCACGGGAAGGAGAUGACCAUGCAGGAGCUGAAGGAUGGGACCCUGGAGCUGAUCUUCGCGGCCUAUGCCACCACGGCCAGUGCCAGUACCUCACUUAUCAUGCAGCUGCUGAAGCACCCCGCYGUCCUGGAGAAGCUGCGGGAAGAGCUGCGGGCCCAGGGCAUCCUGCACAGUGGCGGCUGCCUCUGUGAGGGCACCCUGCGCCUGGACACGCUCAGCGGGCUGCGCUACCUGGACUGUGUCAUCAAGGAGGUCAUGCGUCUGUUCACGCCCAUUUCUGGCGGCUACCGCACCGUGCUCCAGACCUUCGAGCUAGAUGGCUUCCAGAUUCCCAAAGGCUGGAGCGUUAUGUACAGCAUCCGGGAUACCCAUGACACGGCACCUGUGUUCAAAGACGUGAACGUGUUUGACCCCGACCGCUUCAGUCAGGCGCGAAGUGAGGACAAGGAUGGCCGCUUCCAUUACCUCCCAUUUGGUGGCGGGGUCCGGACCUGCCUGGGCAAGCACCUGGCCAAGCUGUUCCUGAAGGUGCUGGCGGUGGAGCUGGCCAGCACCAGUCGCUUUGAGCUGGCCACCCGGACCUUCCCCCGCAUCACCUUAGUCCCUGUCCUGCACCCCGUGGAUGGCCUCAGUGUCAAGUUCUUUGGCCUGGACUCCAACCAGAACAAGAUUCUGCCUGAGACGGAGGCUAUGCUGAGUGCCACCGUCUAGCAGAGCUCAGGCCCUUGCRCACCUCCGCCCAGCCCAGCAGAGGGGGUGGGGUGACAGAAGUAGAAACCUGUGUGUAGGAGGGGGCCGGAACCUGGGAGGGCCAGUGGCCCCCAUACUUGUCCUCCCCCAGGCACCUCUCCCCCUUGGAAAACCUACCGAAAGCCAAAAGGGUCCCGUUCUUUCAGGGAACCCGGCUCCCCUCCUGGCUCCUGCUCUCUCCAGAGUCCCCCCACUUCCCACCAGCUUAGCUCCUGGGAAAGGGCCUGGCUGGGCUCUGCAUGCCCGUUACAGUGUUAAGUGUCAGUUGGCUGUGCUGCAGUGUACCUGUGACCUGAACUGGUUCCCUCCUUUGUCUUUUAGUUGGCGGCCAGGUGRUUGUGCUGGGGGAGGGAGGAAAAGAGGCCCCCCUGCCCUGUGCUCUCUUCAGCACCCCACCCCACUGCUCAGACAGUGCUCCUCCUGCGGUGGCUGGCAAAGAACAGCAUCCUGGGUAAUCUAACACAAGUGCACCUGAGCUGGGAGGGGUUGCCACCAGCCCAGAGGGCACCUCCUACCCAGCCCUGCCAGUUUGGACAUUUGAAAUUACUAUUGCUGCUACUAGUUCUCUCCUCGCCUUGGGGCACAGGAGCCCCAGGCCUGAUCCCCAGCAUUCUCCCUGGUGCCCCUGGGCAGGCGCACUGACAUCCCUACCCUUCCCCCAGGCGGGACCCCACUGAGCCAGGCGCUCCCUGCUCUACAUACCAAACGGAGGCCCUGGGCUUACCCCUGGCUCACACCUCCCUUCCUCCAGAGUCUGUAUUUAUUCACUGAUCUUGGCCAUACUGAUUUCUGGAGCAAAUAUCUUCUCCACCCUCUAGCCUCCAUGCCAUCUGUCCUCCUCAGGACUUCUGUGAAUGAAGAGGAAGGGGUCUCUGGUCAAACCCAGAUCCUCUCCCCUACCCCCCAGCCAAGAACUGAACAGCCUUCCUGUGCCCCAAAUUAACUUCAGAGCCUCACUCUCGGCUAAAAUCCACUGUCUGCCUGUUGUCACCUGGUAGAGAUGGGGAACUAGCCCAUUGCCACSUCCUGUCCUGUCAGAAGUCCUGAUCAUGUAGAUUUGGAGGCUACCACAGUCUUACUUGGCCACUGUUCACCCCAGUGCCCCCCAACUCCACUAAUGAGUAUGGGGCAGGAUACGGGUUCUUCUGAUGGAGCUUGAGGCCUCCGUCUUCCUUUCCUUAACCCUUACCCUUUGACCUUAGCCCUUGAGAAGGUGACCUUGAAGUCCCUUCCACCUCUAGGCCAAGCCACUAUCUGCUUAAGCCCAGCUCAGGGGUGUGGGGAGGGGGAGAAGGCAAAAGCAAGAGGGGAGGAGGAGAUACUUCCCCAGAGCUGAUUCAGGCUCUUGAGGGGCCUGGAGGCCCAGGGGGGAGGCUGAGCAGAGCUGAGGAGGAGGGUAAGUGCCAUUUGUCAGAAGGGAUUUGGUUGUGGAUGGGCCAGUCGGGAUGACCUGAUAGAGGAGGAGUCGCUCCCGCCACUGGUGUUUUGAGCAUUGGCAAUUGGGAUGCCUCCUGGGAGUGGUUUUGAGGGCCUUUGGUGAGUCUCUAAGCAAAUUUGUCUGUUUUCAGAAUUUUCAUUGCUUUCUGUGUUUUCCUUUGGCUUUUUGAUGUUAUAAAAGCAAUGAAUCCUCUUUAGUGCAAAAAACAAAACAAACAACUCAAAAGAAAGUAGCACAUGAGGAUCCCCCAACUGCCAGGCUGAGCAGCUCAUGGUGUCUAGUGGGCAGACCCACAAAAGACCCCACUCACAUCUCCCCAAAGGGACCCUGAUCAGGGAUGGGGUCACACCACACAGAAUGUCCUAUAAUCACCGAUUCCCAAAUGUUUCAUGUUUCCUGCUUUUAUUAUUAUUAUUUUUUCACUACUAAAAAAUCAGUGUGGGACAAACAUAGUGGCAGAG